CUACUAAUUUUAUUCUGACGGAAACCCUGCUGUGGGUUUUGCGCUCGGGAAGGGGAAAAUCGCCUCUGCUCGGUGCUCACUGCAGAAUCCAUCAACCAUGAUGUUUGAUGACGACGACGAUGAUGUGGACCCGGGAUUUAAUGUUGUUGAUAACUAUCACUUUGAGGAUGGCGAUGGCGACCCUGUUUGUUUCAGUGUUUUGCCUCUAAAGUUCGGUGAGAUUGGUGAAGUAGCAUGUCUUGAUUCCAAGAAGGUUCAUUUGCAAGGGCUUGCGGACGGUCUCCUCCUUAAAGUGCACAAAGAGGUAGUGGCUUGGAAGGUUGGACUUGACAAUGAGCAGCCAAAGAUCUUGGCGCUUUCAAGUGAGGGCAAGUGGAUAGAAUUGUUGAAACCACGGAAAUGCUACGAGAAUACUGUUCGAUCUAUAUUGAUCACGGUUCAGAUGCUCCACUUUGUAAGGAGGUGGCCUAGAAAACGAAAGACAAGCCUUUUGGAUCACCUGUCUGAAGUUUUCAGUAAAUUUGACCACAAGCCUUCUGAAUAUGACUUAAAGAAGCACCGUUCCAUAAUCAAGCUCUUUGCUGAGAAGGAUCCCACCUUGAUGAAGUCAAAGAUUCUUCAAAUGUUUACUGAGAAUACCUCCAGGAACAUCAGAGAGUCCAUUUUACAGGCUGUGCGUACCAAAGAGCCGACUGUUAUGAGCAGUAGCGACGACGAAGAAGACUUGGACAAUGAUAGUGAUGAUGAUUACAGUGGCCAAGAAGACAACCGUGAUGCUGAUUAUAGCUGUGAUGAUGACGAUAGUGAUGAUCAAGACAAUGAUGAUGACAAGAGCAAUGAUGAUUACAGCUGCAAUGAUGACGAUAGUGAUGAUGAUGGUGAUAUUGGCAAUGUUGGUGAUGAUGAUGGUGAAGCUGGUACUGAUAACUUAUGUGCGAUAUGUGACAAUGGAGGGAAAUUGCUAAGCUGUGUAGGACAAUGCAAAAGGGCCUUUCAUCCCAGAGAGAAAGAUGGAAGAGAAUCUAAUUGUGAAACUCUUGGUUUAACUACUGCACAGCUAAAGGAAAUUGAUCAAUAUCUGUGCAAGAAUUGUGAAUAUAAGCAACACCAAUGUUUCAGUUGUGGAGAUCUUGAGCCAUCUGAUGGGCCAAAUGCUAAGGUGUUCCAAUGCUAUAAAGCAUCGUGUGGGCACUUCUACCACCCUAGUUGUAUUGCCAAAUUACUUGAGCCAGAUGACACUGAUGGAGCUUGUAUGUUGGAGAAAAAGAUUGCUGCCGGUAUGUCAUUUACAUGUCCUGCACACUGGUGCUCUAAAUGUGGAAAGAUGGAAGACAGUGCUAAAAUAGCACAAUGGCUUGCGGUCUGCAGACGUUGUCCAGUGUCAUAUCACAAAAAGUGUUUGCCAAGUGACAUUUCCUUUGAGAGCAAGCGUGGCAGAAGAAUACGUGCUUGGCAGCUGGAUGAUGGAAGGGUUAUCAUUUACUGUGGAUACCAUAAACUAGAAAAAACUACUGGAACACCUCGCAGAGACCAUGUAAAGUUACCUUCUAUUACAGAAACGGACACCAUUGGAUCACAUUGCAUGGACCAUACACCUUCUGUUGCAGAAAUUGAUAGAACACGAGAUCUUUCUAAGAAGAAAGCAAAAGUGACUGGUAAAAGGAAAUUGGACAUCGAUCAAGGCUCAACAGGAACUACGGAAAUGUCAAACAAGCUAUGUAGAGAAGAAGCCGACCAAACCCAAAAAGUAGCUACGAAUAACUCAAGGGAACAUAUUAGUCAAGAAGGGAGAGGCGUUCUCAAGAAUGACACCACCCAUUUAAAUCUGGCGCACAAUGAUGAGCAGAACAACUACAUUGUGGAAGGACAGGCUGAAGGUGAUAAAAACAACACCAAAUCUGGAAAAGAGAAAGAGACUCAUAGGGUAGAAAAUGGAUAUGAACAUGACUUGAUACUUGAAAAGGAGAAGAUUCCUGAGAAGGGAAGUAAUAAAUCUGGUUUAACUAUUGGGGGGUUUGCAUCAGGGCAUGUUGAUGGCCACUCUCGAGAAAAGCUUGCACAUGUGAAGACAACUACUUCAAACAGAAUAGGUACCCAGCAAGACUCUGAAUGGGAUGGUGACCAACAAGUUGAUGGAAGCUAUGCGGGCAAGCAGGAGCUAAACAAUCCCCAGUGCAAUGGUACUCACAAAGCAACAGAAAUAGAUACUUCAGGUGACAAAUCAAGAAUGAGACAGGGACACAAGGAACAGGCAACUGAUAGUAAGAUUUUGAACUUGGAAAGGAACAGAGAAAAGUUAUACAUAAAAACUGAAAGAGAUGAUUGUCGCAAAGCUCAGGAUCCUCAGUGUCUUCGUAAUCAUGAACCGGAUGCUCUGGAUUACAAGUUGAGAAGUCGUGAUCUCGGUAGUUCUUCCACAUCAAAAAGUCAUCCUCGGCAUAAUGAUGAUCAGAGCGCUUCAAAGACUGAACUCAGAUCCAGAGACUGUAGGGGAUCAGGUAGAAAAGAGUGGAGGAAUAAUAUGGGAGUGAAUUCUUAUAGGGGCAAUUCACCCUCGGAGAGAAGACACCCUCAAAAGAAAUCGAGGGUCAAUUCUCCGGAAGGCCGAAGAAUGGACCAUGAUAACUAUCAUGCUAGAAGCAACGACCAACACAAUCAUCGUGAGGAUUAUUCCAGUGAUGCUGAUGGUUAUAGGAGGAGGCAGAAUCGUCGUGAGGAUUAUUCCAGUGAUGGUGGUGGUGAUAGGAGGUCGAGUCGUCGUGAGGAUUAUUUCAGUGAUGGUGGUGGUGAUAGGAGGAGUCCGAAUCGUCGUGAGGAUUAUUCCAGUGAUGGUGGUGGUGAUAGGAGGAGGCCGAAUCGUCGUGAGGAUUAUUCCAGUGAUGGUGGUGGUGAUAGGAGGAGGUUGAGUCGUCGUGAGGAUUAUUCCAGUGAUGGUGGUGGUGAUAGGAGGAUGUUGAGUCACCGUGAGGAUUAUUGCGGUGAUGGUGAUGCUGGUAGAAGGAGGCCGAGUCCCCAGCACAGUGAUGGUGAUGUUGGUAGAGGGAGGCUUAGUCCCCGGCAAUCAGAAUUUUCUCCCCCGGCUUCAUAUCCGACAAGAACGGAGUAUGGUGGUCGCAGAAGGCAUGAUCCUCCUUCAUAUGAUGGAAGGCAUGACCCCUAUACGAACUCAAGAGAGUCGGAACAUGUAAAUUAUGCAAUGGACCAAAGAGGCGUUCCCUUCCAUGGAAAUCCACCCAAUGUCCAGUAUCAUGAAUACACCGACCUCGAGUAUGGCAGACACAACACUGCUCCUGUUGAUAGGUAUCCUCUCCAAGAGGACUCUACUGGAUUCUAUGGUGGGCAUUUCAGGGAUUACGGAGAGGGAUCAGGUUAUCGAAAAAGGAACAGAUUAAACCCGGAAGAUAGGGCUUUGUCUUGUGGUCCGGUUACGGAAAAGUAUGCCCUACGCCUUGACCUAACGAACCAUCAUCCAGUAAGAAGGCAAGGUGGACUACCGGAUGCAGGCUUCUCACGUGAUGCUUGGUGAGAAGAGUACUUAUAUAGAUGAGCCCUCCUGCCAGGUAGGUUGCUAAUGUUGUGAUUCUUGUCCCAGUCAGCCUAAAACCCCUGCAGGAAAAUCAGCUGUUAAACCUUAGCCACCAAGCAUGUAUCCUUAUUAUUAGUCUGUAAUAGUAGAACGGCUUGUUUCUGGCGACUUAGAGUUGGUUGUUUUUUGGUUGUUCCCUACACUUGGUUCAGUGUCACGCUUGGUCAAAUGGUUUAAAACCCAACACCGAAUUGAAUUGUCAGUCAACCGAACUGCUGGUACCGAAA